UGACCUUGUGAGAACAUUCAUUCUGGCUACGUCAAACCUGAGCUAAGCGCGCGAACCCCACAACUUGUCACGUAUGAGGCUCUCUGAGCCGGGUAUGUCGCUGUUUUACAACUGACAACAGUGUUAGUUACUUCCUCUGAUCACCAGCCAUAUUUUCUAUCAGUAAGCUGUAACUUGCAGUGCAAGCGACUGACUUGUUGGAUUGUACUAAAAACCAGACUACCUGUUCAUGUAACACCAGAACACCAAACAACACCACAACUCAGCAUGGGGAACUUGAGAAUCUGUCCUGUUCUUCUCCUGUGUCUGGCAGGAACCGUAGCCCAGGCUAAAAUCCCUACGUUUCUCCCGACAUCAGACACCACAGCACGACCCACAACCCUGGAGAGCCCGCUUCUCCAAGUAAAUGAUGACCCUACUGUCCUACAGGGCAGUCUGAAGUACCCAAACGACACAGCCUGUCUGCUGUACAAAAUGGGAGUUGCCGUCCAAGUCAUAUAUCCAACCACCGAUGCAGCAAAGAUAGGUUUUGCACGGUUUGCCCUCCCAGUGACACGAAGGUCAGCGGAACCUGUGGCACAACCAGCGCUGCGCUACGGUUUAGCUUCAACAACGGGACCUAUAACGUGUCCCUUGACUUCACCAGUGAUGGUGAACAGUUUGAAGUGUCGGCUUCCUCGGUUGGAUGGGUGUUUGACUCCACAAACUUCCCCAAUGCAAGCGCAGCGGGUGAAAGUGCUGUUCGGAACGACACACAAGGAGACCUGGGGUUGUUUCGUGCUCCACUGGGACAGUCAUACCUUUGCCGAUCGGAGGACUCCGAAGAGAUAACAGUGGACGUGAUGCUGUUCUUCGUUGAGGUGCAGGUCCAGCCCUUUGACGUGACCGCGGGAAAGUACGGACAGCCUCUGGUGUGCAAGAAGGACAUGCCAACCACGGCAGCUCCUACAACAAAGAUCCCCACAACAGCAGCCACCAAUACAACAACUGCCCCCAACACCACUCUGGCUCCCACAACUACAGCCCUUCCUGUCAUGAACACCACAACAGUCCCGGGGACCACAGCGAGCCCACCAACCCACCGCGGGAAGUGGCAAGUCCGCAACAAAAACAGCACGUGCCUGCUUGCUUACAUGGCUAUGAGGUUUGAAGCGCAGUACAAGACAAAGGAAGGCGAAAUUGGAACAGCAACGGUGUGGUUCCCUACUUACGCAACAGCAGUCGGCUCCUGUUCAGAAGAACACAGCGUGAUUGAACUGAGGUCGGACGUCUCGAACUUGACCAUCAACUUCCAGAAAGCACCAGGCAAGAAGAACUGGAGUACAUCCUCCAUUUUGUUCUCCUACUGGGAACUGCCAGAGUUCUUCAUGGACACAGCCAACCCUUACACACUUCACACCAUGCGACUUGACAUCAACCUGUUCAUGACUGAUUCAGGACAAUCUUACAAAUGUGACACAGAGAUAUCUGUGCCCCUGAAGGACAGAGUCACUCUCAAAGUCAGCCAGCUUCAGGUCCAGGCGUUUGACGUGCAAGGUGAUAAGUUUGGAACGCCCAAGAGAUGUCCUGCGGAUCUCCCCCCCACCCCUGUCCCCACCAUGACCCCCCUGUGUCCCCACAUGCCUCCCCCGGGGAAGUGGGUGGUGAAAGAUGAGAAGGGGAACCCCUGUCUCCUGGCAGACAUGUCCCUCCAGCUCCGAUCACGCUACACCACUGUCGACAACACCACGAGGGUUGGGUGCAUCAAUGUCCCCACUAACGCUGACGCCACCGGCAUCUGUGGCCAAAACACAUCCCAACUCACCCUCUCCUUCCACGUAAGGCAGUGCAACAUUACCUUCACGUUUUCUGAGUCGCGAGAGAAUUCGUCCAAUCCGAGCAGCGUGGAAAAGUUUGGCGUAUCGCAAGUUUCUGUUGAGUACUUCGUAAACGAAAACUGGUUUCCCGAUGCCAAACAGCUGAAUCACAGGAUGGAGGUGACCACUGCAAACCUGGAGAUAUAUGAAGCACAUGUUGGGCAGUCGUAUCAGUGUAUGAGACAGACAAACAUCACCCUAAACACGGACGUCACUCUGUUCACCCAGGACCUGCACCUCCAGCCAUUCUCCGUCAGCGGCUACGGUUUCGCUAAAUCUCACGUCUGCCCCGAGGAUCCCACCCCGGAACCCUCCUGGAAGGCCAACGUGGUGCCCAUGGCGGUCGGCUGCGCGCUCGGAGCUUUCGUGAUCGUCGUGACCCUGGGGACGUAUAUCGUGUACAGGCGUAGGCAGAAAAAGAUGGCGGGAUACUCCCUCCUCUCAACAACAUGAGAGCAACAGUAGAACACUUUUCUCUCCCUGCAUGUCAAUUGUUACGAUUUUCCUUCAUUUGCCUUUGAAGAUAAUGCAGAUAGAUACAGUGGUAUCUUAUUUUAAAAGGACAGGGGAUACAUUAUGUAACUUCAAACAAGGGAUUUGAGAUAGUAUGUAAAAUCACAAUAAUGUUUUAAUCUGGAACUGAAAAGCUCAGGUUGAGCUAAGACCAAGUAAAUCUACUGUCAAGUUAUAGCAGCUAAUAAUUGAAUUGAGUCCAAUUUGCUAAAGGAUUAUGCAUUAGUUUGGUAAGGAUGUAGAUAGGUAGAGUAGAUGAUAUCUUACUUUUUACCACUGGGAGUGAGAAACAGCUUAAUUUCUGGUUUGUGUAUGUGUAUUUAUACUUAAGGUAAUGCUUCUGUGGACAAUUUUGCACAAAUAUAUCAUGAUUAUAUACAUCAUGGCACAAUGUAAAAGUUUUAGGAUAUAUUUUUAGUGAAUGGAGGGCACAAAUGCCAUGUCUCGGAGGAACAGCUAAAAUAGGUAUUACUAAGUAUGACUUAGUAUAGGACUCUAGUAGGAGCUGGAAUUGUUAAUCUCUGAUGUUAUGUUUUGAACCUGGUGUUUAAAGUGAAAAUCCUAAAACAAGGAGUAUUUACAGCUUUAGUUGUAUCAGCUGUAAUAUAACUUUACUGCUUUAAUUUUUUGCAGAAAUUUGUCCAAACUUUAUUUAGGUCACUGUGCAUGUUAUUUUCAGUGUGGAGCUGUUGUGUCCAAUGCCUUUUUUGUAAAUAUUUUGAAAGAACUAUUUGGUUUGUAGGAGAGAACUAUGUACAUACCAAAAAAUUAUAUAGUAACCAUGUCUAUUAAUAGUAUUAUGUAGACAUGAAAUGUAUAUAGCUUGUGGUGAAGGUUUUUCUUCUUGGUAUUGAUAUUGAC